CUUUGACAGUUUAGCCAUCAUAGCACUCUCCGGAUCAUCAGAUCGUACCCCCGUAAAGCAAGGAGUCUUGCGAACGCAACUCCUUUCCGGAAAUUCAAAUCCAGGUAGAGAAUGGAAGCUGCAUCCAAACAAGAUCUCCCACCUCUUGCCGACAGCAUCCUUGAGCUGGGAAAGCUCGCUUUUGACCCCCAGGAAUCAGAAAACAGCAGAAGGGAAAGCCAACCGAGAUUCAAGCAGCUGAUUGAUGGGUAUAUCCAGAAAUCUAUAAACUUCGCAACUUCACUAAUAACCAUCAGGACCUCUACUUUAAAACUCUUGCCAGUCCUGAAUCAUUUGGUCCAGCCUGGAGGCCGUGCAGAGCCAUGGCUUCGUCCAGCUCUCAUAUCAGCCCUUGCACGCAUUCCUCUCAGACCACGAGGAGUGCAGGAUACCAUCGAAUUUGUUCUUUUUGUACAUCCUAGCUCCCGUGCAAGGCCAUCUGACGGAGUAGAAAAACGGUCCGGGAUCUCUCACAAAGCACUGAAUGCAGCAUCUCGCUUGUUAUCCUCCCCCCCUGCCGGAAUUACAUCUGAGGAAUGGUUUGCUGAUAUCGCCCCGCAACUAAUAUCGCUUUUACAAGGUGAAGGCGAACCAGAAAUGGACAAAGCGGCAGCUUUCAUUAUUGGUUUUGGCAUUUUGGGACGAAAGCAAUAUGGUGCACCAGGUACGUCUUCCUUUCCCCUCUAUACAACUUAUCCUAAGUUGUUCCUCAGGGAAACCUGGAUGGAAUGCUUUUGUGGAACCUUUGUAUCAGUGUAUUGAUCCUGCCCUCGGUCGGAAAUUGUCCUUAAAUGACCAGGAAGACGAUAUCAUCACAAUAGGUGCCCCUAAAAUCCUCGUACCUUCAGUUAAGGUCUCAAAAAGUCUCCGGAAUCUUUCUACUCUUCUAACUUCUCAUCCCCAUCCAUCGCUCGCAAAGAGACUUCUGAGGCCCAUUCUUCUUCCUCUUUGGGCUCUGUCCUCUUGGUCUGGUGAUAAUGAAGUAAUGCGGACCACUUUUUGCAAUCCGGCAGCAAAAUUAUUAAAAGUCCUCGUGCAGUUAUCGGGUUCUGGACAGGGAGGCACAAAAAAAGAUGCGCCUAUUUCAUCGCCGAUUUUUGAUUCAAUCCUUCAAGACUUGCUAUUCAAGGGAAAAUCAAACCCAGCUGAAAUUGUUUGGGAAUAUGGGAUAAGCAAAGAUGGCGGUAUUCAAAUACAACAGUCAAGUGGCACUGCCCAGAACGUUGGCCCUAAUCUAGAGUUAAUAGACACGGCUGCUGAUAAGUUUGUUGCAUUUAUUUCGCGCCUUGAAAAUACGCCUGACAUUCAGGGUGAAAUCUCACAUCUGUUCAUGGGAUUGUGUACCAAAUGGCUGUCAAGUACUGGCUCAAUGAAAAAGAAACAGCAGACGAUCAUCACCCAAAGAGAGCCCGACGAAGUGGAACACGACUUUGAAAGAAGGAUCAUCGAGGCUAAAGUUAUGCAAAAGAUGAUGUCUACAUUCCCUGGCAAACUUAUUAGUAACCCACGUCAAGUGCUUGACCUAGUCAACCAAGUACUUUCGGACUUUGCUACUGAAAGCGGAGACGAUGCCAACGGCGAAGAUGCAGCUUCAGUUGCGUUGAGUUUAUUAAACAUCGUCCUAACUACCACAAGCUUCAAAAUCCCACCAGAAGACCCGACCUUGGGAGCGAUACAAUCACAUCUACAGGUAAUUAGUCGCUUGAAGCAUCAGGACAUGUCAACAACUGCGCAGAAUCUUCUACUGCUGCUAAAAUAUCGAGGCACAAUUGAUGAGCCAGAAACGGAGACGACAACGAAACCAACGGAUCAACAAGUCGAAGACCGGAAGACCUACGCUCUCGCCCUCUCCUACCUCACCACGACUGACUCCCCACCACCAGUCCGCGUUCAAGGUCUUGAACUUCUCUCUGAUUUGAUAAAAUCAAGUAGUUCAAUUCUUGAUAUUCCAGCACUUCUAACACUCUUCUCAUCACUUCUUCAAGACUCUGAAGAAUACAUCUACCUACGAGCCAUUAAAUCAUUCAUACAGCUAUCGCAGAAACACCCGAAAGCUGUGAUGAAAGACCUCAUCGAUAGAUAUGUUGAUCCAAACGAGGACUGCGACUUAGACCAACGUCUGAGACUCGGUGAGGCUUUACUUCAAGUAAUUCAAAGUAACCCAUCAACCUUCACAGGAGAUACAGCACGAACAGUCCUCGAAGGCCUCCUCUUCCUAGCCAGUCGACGAGGGUACCGUCCAAAAACAGAACAGGAGCAACAAAAAAGGGCGAAAUUGAAGCGAAAGCAAGAUUUCGAAGCAGAGGAAGCAUGGGACGGGGAAGUCCCUCAGCUUGACGAAGUCCUCGAGGAGGAAUCAUCGAAAGAAGACGAGAUCCUCGCUCAAAUCCUCUCGGGAUGGGAAAGCAAAAGAGGUUCAGAGGAUCUCCGGAUUCGUGCAUCUGCGAUUGCUAUUAUCGGCUCAGCGCUCGAGGUUAACAUCGCUGGUAUUCAUGCGGGAACGAUAUCCACUGCUAUCGAUCUCAGUAUACACAUCAUUACUCUUGAGACUGGACCCGAGCAAGCUAUCGUUCGUCGAUCGGCUAUUAUACUCGUUAUGAGUUUUGUAAAAGCGUUGGACACUGCAAGAGAAGAAGGAACCAAGCUGGCUUUUGGCUUUGUGGGGAGUAACUUGGAGGAUGUGGAAAGGAUUUUUGGGUAUGUUGCCGAGACUGAUGGGGAUGGUCUGGUAAGGAGACAUGCAGCGGAUGUGGGGGAGAGCAUGAAAGCGUGGAGGAUGAACGAAUUGAUUCCUAAAGAUAUGAGCGUGGGAGAGAGUGGUAUUGGGGAGUUGAGGGGGUUAAGUAUCACGCCGGGCGGGGAGCUAAGGGAUAAAGAGGGGAGGGUGAGACCAAGAAUUGAGGAGGUUGAGUGA